AUGCAAAGUUUGCGGGGAGUUAUUUUGAGUUACAUGAGAAUUGAGGUCCCUGUGAAAGGGUGUUUAAUUCCAGAAUAUCUUGAUCGAACGCAAAGGCAUAUGCAAAUGCUGUGUACCUGUAGCACGGCUGCAAGUGUCAACCAGGAUCAGGUGCUGGAUCGAGUGAUUAGACUGGUGAAGAAAUUUGACAAGAUUGAUGCUGCUAAGGUUACAGAAAAAGCUGAUUUCCAGAAGGACUUGAGCCUCGACAGCCUGGACAGAGUGGAACUUGUCAUGGCUUUUGAGGAAGAAUUCUCUGUGGAGAUACCUGAUGCAGAAGCUGAUAAGCUUAAAUGCUGUGCUGAUGUUGCUAAAUAUAUCCUCUCUAGUUCCAGUGAGAAAGUUUCUGAGAGUUCUUAACUGUAUUUUAGAGUUAGAAAGUGAUACAGUUACUUGUAGUACAAUUCCACUACUGUAACAAUCCUUUCCAAUGGUUAUGGUUUAACUGGAUGGUGUUUUUAUGCUAUCUUUCGUCUUAUUCGACGGAUUCUUUACCCCGUAGGCUUUUCUGGGCAUGAAUGGACUGAAUAAAUUUCAUUUUCACUUGAUAUUAUAUGUAUUUAUAUGAAGAAGUUCCAUUAGUUUA